AGCUCACUUCCGGCAUGAGAGCGGCGCACAAAGCACAUUGACAGUAGAUUCCGUCUCAGUCGCUGAACCGCGUUGUUCUGCGUAUGUACAUUAUGAUACUCGGAUGGCUUCAUAAACUCCCGUGGAUGUAACCGAGCUUCCAAGUCGCGUAAAGCCAACUUGUAGUGCUGCGAACAAUAAUGGCAAAUGAUGAAAUGGACUACAAUAUUGUGUUUCCAGAUGAAGCGACCAGCGAGACACACUGGCAGGGAACAAAAGAGCCUGUUGUCAUACUGUUGGGAUGGGCGGGCUGCAGAGACAAACACCUCACCAAGUACAGCUCCAUCUACAAUGAACAGGGAUGCGUCACUAUCCGUUACACGGCCCCUCUCAAGACCGUGUUUAUCUCCGAGUCAUUUGGAUACAAAGAACUGAGACGUACAGCCCUCAAGUUGCUGGAGAUCCUCUUUGACUAUGAGGUGGAGCAUAGUCCCAUUUUCUUCCACAUAUUCAGUAACGGUGGCUUCAUGCUGUACAGAUAUAUUGUCGAGCUUUUGCACAAGGACAAACAGUUCAGUUCCCUGUGUGUCAUCGGGGCCCUUGUGGACAGCGCUCCUGGUAGCGGGAAUGUCCGAGGGGCAGUGCGGGCCCUGGCCGCUACUUUGGGGCCGAAAAUAAGUCCUGUUUUGAAGUACCUCCUGCUAGCGCUCUUUGCAGUGACUGUUUUCCUGCUGCGAAUCGUGCUGUACCCCUUGACCAAAUAUGUGCACAAGAACCACUAUGACGCGGUGCAAGAGAGGCCGCCCGCCUGGCCUCAUUUCUUCCUCUACUCUCGAGCUGAUCAAGUGAUCAGGCCAAGAGAUGUCAGGCUCUUUGCAGACACCCUGAAGUUUAAAGGAGUUCCAGUGGACAGUUAUGAUUUUGUCUCCAGCGUCCAUGUCAGCCAUUUCCGGGAAUAUCCGGAGCAGUAUACUUGCAAGUGCCGCAAUUUCCUGAUUGCCUGUAUGAAGGACACAGAUGGGACAUUCAUGAGAAAGAGACACCGGGUUCGGGAUCAGUGAAGCAUGUAAAACCCAAGUGGUGCUCUGGGAACUGAGAUUCUAGCAAAAUUCUCCAGGUAUUUGACAGAGCAUUGUGUGUGGUUUUUUUUUUUUUUUGCUUAAUCAGAAAUGUCCCAUGGUUGAAUUCAUUUGUCUGUGGAUUUGCAAUCAUUUUCUCAAUUUUUUUUUUAUUUAAUAACACACUUAAAACAGGUAGUUGAUUGACACUGGAUAAAUGGGACUAAAGAUACUAUAAAUUGUAUUUAUUGUGUUUGACAUGUGAUGCCUUGUAGAUCGGUUGUACUGUCGCAGUGAUAAAACCUAAUUGAAAUUGAUAUUAGAGCAUACGCCACUAGUAUUUAAUCGUUGAGAUGUAUUUGUGAAUUCCUUUUUGUUUAUUUACCAUCAGAACCUUAACACAGAACGCGCCGUUAAGUCAAAGGAGGAGUCAGAAAAGGACGCAUUGACGCAGAUUGUUGAUGCCAUGUCAAGAGAUGACAUUUGGGAAAAUGAGUGGCUGGCAUUUGUCUGCACCAAACCUGGCCUGGGUACUUAAUGUGUCGUGUGGAGCCGCAUCGAGGAAAGGAAGGAAGGAAGAGGGAAGGUUGCGUAUCGGCACGGACAAAUGAACAUUGAUCACCGGAGUGAACACCAUUCUCUCAUUCUACUGUUCACUUCCUCCAAUGGUUCAUUGACUUCACAGGUAUUAAAAAUAAGUGCAACUGUU